AUGGUAUGCAACAAGAACAAGGAGGAACCAGUAGAACAUAGAUGGAAGUGGGGGAUCGAGGAGAUUGCAGUAGUGGACCAGUACACAUACCUUGGAGUAGAGAUCGCAAAAGACUGCUCGUGGAAUGCACACAUGUCCAAGNAUGUACCGACCCCCCCGGUAGUGAAAGAACUCGAGGCGGCGCAGAUGAAAGCAGCGAAAAUCAUCCUAGGAUGCUCCACGCGCACAAGUAAUGCAGCCGUGAGGGCAGAAUUGGGGAUCCAAUCCCUACGGUCGGGAAGAGACGCGAGGAAGCUGGCACGGCACUAUCGCAUGUGCGGGACGGGAGAGGAGAGGUUGCCGAGUAUUGUAUGGGAGGCGAAGUGGGCAAACAAAAAGAGGGGUAGACAACCCACGGAAUGGGUCAAGGUUGUAGAGGACGUAUGGAAGGGGCUCGACAUCGACGAAGAUGAAACGCUGGAAACGGAGGGUCUACAGGGGUUCAAGGAGAAGAUAUCUGUUGCUUGUGCCGAGAGAGAAGAACAGAAUCUGAGGAAAGAAUGCAAGGAUAAGGAGGGUCUAGAAGUGUACGGAAUGUUGAAGGAAGGAAUAGGGUUCAAGGACUACCUACAUGGACCAAUGGAUGCAGGAACAAAGCUUAAGGUCAAAUUCAGGACCGGGGACAUAGGCCUUCGAGAACGUCGACGAAGACAUAGCACGGUAGACGACGAAGACGACGAGUUCAAAUGUGAUUCCGGCUUCGAAUGCGAAGAC